AUGCGCCAGUCCGAGAGCCGCCAGGACCCGCCUGCGCCUAUGCAGGGGCAAAAGAUUGUCUUCCGGAUCCCAAACUACAAAUCAAAGACAGCGCUACCGCAUGGGUCUACGGAACAGCCGGCUGAGCGGGCCUAUCAUUCUCGUCGGUCCCAUCGGAAGUCUCGUGGUGGGUGUGGCAAUUGCAAGCAGCGGAGGGUUAAAUGUGACGAAACGAAACCCCAAUGUCUACGUUGUCAAAAACAAAAACUCGAUUGCGAUUACACGACUCCACUCGUCCGCUCUAAAGCCCAGCAUGAUAUGAUUUCUCAAUUCUUCAUAACAUGUCCGGAUCUGAUGUCCCGAGAAUCUCUAUCUUCAUCUAUGUCCCUGGUACUUGUAGCAGAGAAACUCAUUGAAGUGCUCCAACUCAGUUCAGCUGCUUCCGGGCCCGGUCUUAAAUCCCGUCCAGGCUCGCAGUCAACGGGUCGUCUCUUAGAAGCUCUCCAGCACUUUAAUCUAACCACAGUGGCGAAUUACUCUUCUCAGAAGAGUCCCUCGAAAAUGGAUACAAUGAGAAUAAAGAUGACUCAACUUGCUUUCGAGACACCAUUCCUAAUGCACGCCAUCAUCGGUACCGCAACCACCCACCUGUGCAGCGUCAUCCCAGAUAACAGCCAAUACCGAAUAACAGAAGCCCACCACUGGGCCCAAGCCAUCCGCCAAUACUCGACCGAAGUAUCCACAGGCAUAAACAAGGAAAACAUGGACAAACUCUACUCAACCUGCAUCCUCCUCACAGUCCACUCCUUCAUGCUAGACACAUUCAACCCACGCACCUCCUUCGUCUUCUCCAACGACCCCACGGCCCUAAACUGGCUCCUCCUCCAAUCAGGACUACGCUACCUCCUCGAACGCACGCGACCCUGGAUGUCAGAAAGUAUAUGGUACUCUACAUUCAUGGACUCGCGGACUCCGCAAAUAGACUUUGAAGAUGACCGGCCCGGACGGGUAGGUUUAGAUCCCGAUUUCGCAGAUCUAUGCGGAAUCAACGAGGACUCUACCGUGGAGAAUAAUCCGUAUCUCUGGCCGUUGCGGAUGUUGACGUGGUUGCUUAUUCUGGAAAUGUCGCCGAAGAGUUCGCAGACGUAUAAUAUGUGGAUGGGCCGGUUGGAGCCGGAGUAUUAUGAUUGUUUGUUGGCGAAGGAUCCGCCGGCGUUGGUGCUGCUUGCUUGGUGGUUGGCGCUUAUUUGUCAUGUUGAUGAGUGGUGGAUGGAGAAUCGGGCUCGUUCCGAGUGUACCGCUAUUUGUAUGAUGUUGGAGGAUAGUCUGGAUCCGUUGGUGCUGAAGUUGUUGGAGUUUCCGGCUGAGUCUUGUGGGUUUCUGUUACGGCAUGUGCAGGAGAGGACUGCGCUUGAGCUUUUGGAUGAUAUGCCGCUGGGGUUGUCAAUAGAGGCAGGUCUAUAA